UCCAGAUUUUCGAAAAAUUAUAAGAUUUUAGAUGUUUACAAAUUUUACGAUAACCUUAAAAAAUUCGUCAUAUUCAUAACCUUAGAAUGUCAUCCAAUUUUGAUUUUUUUUUUUAGAAAUGUCUUGUUUGAAAACUCAACACGGAUUCAUACACCUCAAAUAUAGGGGCGUCUUAUUUUAUAAGACAGACAGACGGAAAUGGGAGACCUAUUUUUUCGUACUAUACAGGUCAUGAAACGUCGAUAAAACAUGAAAGUGGCAAGUCGUCCGAUGGACUCGAACACUCCCUUAGCUUACGCACGGGAAGUAAAAAUAGCCAUGACCAAGCAAAUCUUUCCUAGCUUAAUUUAAAUGCAAUGUACCCACGAAGGACAAAGUUUUCAAUGAAACUGUGUUUUCAACUCAUUAAAAAUAAAAGAAAAUACUUGAACUACGCAUCCACAAUCAUCGACAAAACCAGUUUAUCCGGAAGACACGUUAUAUAAUGUACAACCUUGCACCAGUUUCCCAUUUUGACACAAUGUUCCGCUUCUGUACAACGCAAUCUCUGGUCUUCGUCUUCGCGUGCAUCGCCUUAAGCGAGCCCAAAAUCCCCCCAAACUUCAAGCGCUGCUACCGAAAAGACCCCGAUUUUAGGAAAUGCAUGUUCGCCGCCGUCCAGCUCGCCGCCCCCCAGCUGACCAAACCCUACAGAGCCAUCGCCGUACCCAACCUGGAGCCCGUGGAGGUGUCUUCUUUGCAGGUGAAGGGCGGGGGCGGCGUGGUGGCGGUGAACCAAAAUUUGAAAAAUUGCAAGCUGUAUGGACUGACGAAAUCCGAGAUCUACCAGGCUGAUUUCGACCUAGAAAACAAGACCUGGGUUUUUGACUUCCUUAUUCCCGAAUUGGACUGCCGCUGUGACUACCAGCUGGACGGGAAAGUGCUUCUGUUGCCCAUUAAGGGCGAAGGCAACUGCACUAUUGUGUUUGAGAACAUGCAUGUCAAACUUAAAAUUGACUUCGAAGAAGUCGUCAAAGACAGUCGGACCCAUUUUAAAGUAAGUCAUAGUCAGAUAGAGAACGAUGUGGGGCUGGUGACCAUGCAUUUCGACAAUCUUUUUAACGGAGACAAGGCUCUGGGUGAUAAUAUUAACAAAGUUCUUAACGAAAACUGGAAGGAGGUUUAUGCUGAAGUGCAAGCAGAUUAUCAGGAUCUUCUAACGGGGGUAAUGAUGCAGCUUUUGAACAGGUUUUUCGACAAGGUGUCGUUGGAAGAGCUGUUCGACGAAAACUAGCAAGCUGUUUGAGGUAG